AUGGGAGUAAUUAUGUCUGAAUCACCUGUCGGAUUAAGUGCUCAGUCAACAAAUCCGAUUGAUAGUUCUGGUCCUUCUAGACCAUCACAACGAACUAGUAGCCCCUUACAAUCACCAUCCCCUCUCGACAACCAUACAAGUGGAAAUGAGAGUGACAAAGUCGAAAUACUAUUAGAUAAAGUUUCUGAUGGCAAUGACGAUGAUGAUGGAAAAAGGUUAAGAAGUCUUUAUUGGGCUCAUUAUAAUGUGGUGAAAAUUCAAGGGGUUUACAAGGCCAUUUGCAAGUAUUGUGCAGUUAAAAUUUGUGGAGAAACAAAGAAUGAAACUUCGCAUUUAUCACAACACUAUAUUCGGAAACACCAAAAGAAGGAUACUAUGAGGCUGCAAGUUCUAACCAACAAUUUCAUUGCCAAAGACCGUCCUCCUCUACUAACUUCAUAUAACUUUGAUCAUGGUACGACACAGACAGAACUUGCAAAUGCUAUAAUCAUGCAUGAGCAUUCUCUUUCAAUUGUGGACCAUGUUGGAUUUAAGAGGUAUUCAAAUGCACUUCAAUCUUUAUUUAAGGUGCUGUGUAGAAACACAAUGAAGGCUGAAAUAUUCAAGAUUUAUGAGUGCCAGAGGGGGAAGACAAUGAGUAUGGUGGUGAGUAAUGCAAGUACAUUGGCUAUCACAACGGAUAUGUGGACUUCGAAUAAUCAAAAGAAAGGCUUCAUGGCUGUCACAUCACACUUUAUUGACGAUUCUUGA